AUGGUAGCUUUAAACGAAGUGAUCAUCGCUGUUCUGGAUGGAAUUCAACCAGACGCGUUUGGCGGUGAUGAGGUAGAACGUCUGAAAGUACGUUCCGCUGCACGUCGACUGCUUGCCAGAGUGGAAACCCCCUAUGAACGUGCAUGGGGUUUCUGUUUCGAGCAUCCUGCAGUCUUUGCUGCCCUGCAGACAUGCAUCGAUCUGGGACUCUGGAAGUCCUGGACUUCUAUUGGAGGCGGGGAGAAAUCGAUCGAAGAAUUGGUCGGUUUGACGAAACCCACUAUCGAGACAAACCUACUUCGUCGAUUAUUCCGCCUGCUGGCAGCUUUCAACGUGGUUGAAGAGACGGGAGAAGAUACAUUCAAGCCGACUCCAUUCUCAUUUGCUAUUGGUGAUGAAAGUACCAAGGUGCGAGCUUCACUUGAAGCAGCCACACACCAAUACAUCGCAUCUGGUCAGAAUCUACCAGGCUACCUAGCCAAGACUUCAUACAAAGAGCCGACCGAUAUCAACGUCAAUAACUACUCAGACUCUGAUCCAGACGGAUUCAACUUCUUCGGUCGGUUACAGGCAAGUCCCACAUACUUUGAAGCAUUCACAGGGCACAUGGAAGCAUGGACAACAUGGAAGACACCUUGGACCAACGUAUAUGACACAACCCAGCUACUAGAGGGUGCGAACCUAGACAAUGGCUCUGCUCUCGUGGUUGAUGUUGGUGGAAACACAGGCAUCGACAUUUCACAUGUACUAGCCGCACAUCCAGAUCUCCCAGCUGGGUCGUUGGUUCUGCAAGACCUUCCUGAGAUCAUUGCCAAAGCCAAGGUGGAUAGAAGAAUCACAGCGAUGACUCAUGACUUUUUCUUACCACAGCCUGUUAAAGGGGCUCGAGCCUAUUUCAUGCACGCGGUUCUCCAUGAUUGGCCCGAUGAGAAGGCUAAAGAGCUACUUGGUAACACCCGCGAUGCGAUGGUGAAGGGUUACUCAAAACUCUUCAUAUAUGACAUUGUCCUGCCGCCCACUGGGGCGAGCAUUAGUCAAACGACUAUGGACGUGCAGAUGAUGACAUUGCUCGCGGCGGCCGAGCGAACGGAGAGUGAGUGGAAGCAACUUUUGACUGAUUCUGGUCUCAAGAUUUGCAAAUUUUGGCCUGAUCCUCAACAGUAUGAGAUUAUCAUUGAAGCGGAGAUUGUAUAG